CACAAAAAUCGGACGUGUUUUUCGCUAGUUUGUUUUUUUUUCCGCGGAAUUGUUGCAAAACCGAAACGACGUGUGUGCAAUAGAGUUGUGUGUGACCGAGAACAAGUGCUCUGCAUUUGUUUACUAUUCCCGCGGAGCGCGCAACUUGUUGUGUUUGUUUAUUUGUGUGAAGAUACAAUACAACAAGUGCGAGCACCAUAAUAACAACAAAGCAACUCCUUUUUUUUGGUGACACGGAACAGCAACAAUAAUAAGAGAGGGAGAGAGUGUGAGAGAGCGCGCGACCGGGAUAGCUGGAGGAGAACGACGACGACCCAGCGGUAUUUGUUAUUGCUUUCCCCACAGAUAGAAUAAUGAUUAAUGAACCCGCCGCAGCGACAGCAACAAAUCAAGUAUGACGGAGGAAAUAACCGGCGAUUGGAGUUAUUACGUGUUUAUAUCCCUGACGUUGGUACCCGUCUAUUGUGCAUUUCGGCUCAUUAAAUCGCUGGGCUGGCAGCUCUUCGUCAACAACUGAGUAAACAUCUGCAGCGACAGCAAGUGCAAAGGGAAACCCGGGCAAAAGGAAAACUCCAAGCUUCAACCGAACGGAAGACGAAGAAGAGUUCGUGAAUCCACAAAUAUAUAUAUUUAUAU